CUGUUUGUUUCCGUCUUCCCUGCCACCUAAUCUCGUCGGAACACAACAAUUUUAUUCCUGUUUUCUUCUCUCGCUGAGAUUUAUUUCCUUUUCUCUCAUUUUAUGUCCCAUAAUUACAUAUAAUACAUCUCUCUGUUUUUUUACUACUUCUAAGAUGUAACAGCCGAUUUGUUUUUUUUUUUCCCUUCCAUCGAUUCGCGCGACUUCUCUUACACUCCCUUUCUAUUGGUUUCUAGUCUCCAUUAACGUGAACAUUCUAAUCUUCGCCAUCGUUAGUUCGCUCGCGUCCAAUUCAACUGCUUCCCUACUUGUUAAUCUCCUCUCCCACUGGUUCCGUAUGCAUCCUUCCUUCCGCGCCUUCGUCAAGUUCGACUAGUAUAGCCCGAUAUCAUUAUGCCUCCUCCGCUCCCUGCCAUUAGAUCCGAUUCUAUUUCCCGUCCAACCAACCACGGUCAUAGUAAUUACAGCAACAGUGACUAUGGACGACUGAGUCAGCGGGAGCAGCAACAGCCUGUGGUGGACGUGAAGAUUAACGACUUGGUUGGGAACGGAAUCUCUGGUGUACUUUACAAGUGGGUUAAUUACGGCAAAGGUUGGAGGCCUCGAUGGUUCGUGCUUCAGGACGGUGUUCUCUCGUACUAUAAGAUUCACGGGCCUGAUAAGAUCAUAGUCAAUCAUGAAACUGAGAAGUGGUCCAAGGUUAUUGGCGAAGAAUCCAUGCGAAGGAUCUCCCGCAACCAGAAUUCCUCUUCGUAUCAUCAGCACUUCAACCGUCGACGCAAGCCCUUUGGAGAAAUCCAUCUCAAGGUUUCAACUAUUCGUGAAAGCAAAUCCGAUGACAAGCGCUUUUCUAUUUUUACUGGAACAAAGAGGCUUCACUUGAGGGCGGAGACUCGUGAAGAUCGAGUGGGAUGGAUGGAGGCCCUGCAGGCAGUAAAAGAUAUGUUCCCCCGGAUGUCCAAUAGCGAGCUGAUGGCUCCGUUAGAUAAUGUAACCAUUUCAACUGAGAAACUUAGACAGAGACUAUUGGAAGAAGGUGUGAGUGACGCAGCCAUUCAGGAUAGCGAGCAGAUUAUGAGAAACGAGUUUGCAGCACUGCAAACCCAGCUUGUGUUGCUUAAGCAGAAGCAAUGGGCUCUUAUUGAUACAAUGCGACAAUUGGAGACAGAAAAGGUUGAUUUGGAGGAUACAGUCGUUGAUGAGAGCCAAAGACAGUGGAAUGAUCAAGAGGAGUCCUCUAGACUAAGGCAGGAAAAGUUCAGUGAAGGAAGUGCAAGUGAAUCUGAGGAUGAUAAUGAUAGAAAUGAUGCUGCAGAAGAAGAAACAGAUGAUGAUGACCAUGCUUUUUUUGACACCCGCGACUUUCUAUCAUCCAGCUCCUUUAAAAGUAAUGGGUCUGAUUUUAGGGUAUCAUCUUUUUCUUCAGGAGAUGACGGGCUAUACGCAGUUGAAUCAGAGGAUGAGUUAGAUCCUUUGAUUAGAUCUCUUGCAUCCAAUUAUCCUUAUGUUAAGCGACGUAAGAAGUUGCCCGAUCCUAUUGAAAAAGAGAAAGGUGUCAGUCUUUGGUCGAUGAUUAAGGAUAAUAUCGGCAAGGAUUUAACAAAAGUAUGUCUGCCUGUCUACUUUAAUGAGCCUAUAUCGUCUCUGCAAAAAUGUUUUGAAGAAAUGGAGUAUUCAUAUCUUCUGGAUUGUGCAUAUGAAUGGGGAAGACGGGGAAAUAGCCUUAUGAGGAUUCUAUAUGUAGCUGCCUUUGCCGUUUCUGGCUAUGCUUCAACUGAAGGGAGGAUUUGCAAACCAUUUAAUCCAUUAUUAGGUGAAACAUAUGAAGCUGAUUAUCCGGAUAAAGGCCUCCGAUUUUUCUCAGAGAAGGUCAGUCACCAUCCCAUGAUAGUUGCAUGCCACUGUGAGGGUACAGGAUGGAAAUUUUGGGGUGAUAGCAACUUAAAAAGCAAAUUUUGGGGCCGAUCAAUUCAGCUUGACCCAGUUGGGAUCUUGACUUUGGAAUUUGAUGAUGGAGAAGUUUUUCAGUGGAGUAAGGUUACCACAUCAAUAUACAAUCUCAUAUUGGGAAAGCUGUACUGUGAUCACUAUGGGACAAUGCGUAUACAGGGAAACCAAGAAUACUCAUGCAAACUGAAAUUCAAGGAACAAUCUAUAAUUGAUCGAAAUCCUCACCAGGUGCAGGGUACUGUUCAAGACGGGAAAGGGAAGACAGUGGCGACUUUAUUUGGAAAGUGGGAUGAGAGCAUGUAUUACGUCGAUGGAGAUUGCAUUGGGAAGGGGAAAGGUUAUGACUCUUCAUCAGAAGCCCACCUCCUAUGGAGACGAAGCAAGCCUUCCAAAUUUCCAACUAGAUAUAACUUUACUCGCUUUGCCAUCACAUUAAACGAACUUACCCCUGGAUUGAAGGAGAAGCUGCCGCCUACAGAUUCCAGGUUAAGACCAGACCAGAGGUAUUUGGAAAACGGGUCGUAUGAGAUGGCAAAUUCGGAGAAGUUACGACUAGAACAGUGUCAACGCCAGGCACGAAAGAUGCAAGAAAGGGGAUGGAAACCGCGGUGGUUCGCCAUAGAUAAAGCAAGUGGUUCAUACCGCUACGUGGGAGGGUAUUGGGAGGCCAGAGAGCGAGGAAGCUGGGACUCCUGCCCUGAUAUUUUUGGCCAAAUCGCCUCCGAUCAUCUUUCUGACUGACAUUUUCCUUCAAUUCUUUCUACCUGCUGCCUGCUGAAUGACUGCUUGUUGGCGGUUAUACUUCCCAGUGAUCUUCCUCUAACCAACCGAAUAAAAAUGCCUUCCAGUAGCUAGUGAUGCGAUUCUUUUUUUCCCAUUUCAUUUUCAUUUUAAAGCUUAUCUGCACAUCAUUUGUUUAAUAAAUAAAAUAAAUUCUACCUGAGAUUAUUGCAUUAGAUAAACCACUACGUAUUGAGGAAGCAAAAUUCUUCGGUCCA